UUCGAAAAUGACGAUUCCCGCUGGCAAGCAGUGCAGGAUCGAGACAUCAAUUCCGACGGAUUAUUUGUCUACGCAGUCAGAAGCACAAAAGUAUUUUGCCGACCGGUUUGCAAAUCCAGACAUCCUCGCCGAUGCAAUGUCUCGUUCUACCCGACAGGAAAACAAGCACAGCUAUCAGGCUUCCGCCCAUGCAAGCGUUGUAAACCAGAAUUAGAGGGUCUCAUGCCCGAGGAAACGGCGGUACAGAAAAUUCGCGAGUUCCUACAAGAACUGGAAAGAACAGGAAUCAAUGAUGAGGGCUCUUAUCAGCUCACCCUGAGUCAAAUGGCGAGGCAAGCCAAGGUAUCGAAGUGGUAUUUUCACAGAGUAUUUAAGAAAUCCAUGGGCGUAACCCCCGUGCAGUACUUGAAGAUAUGGCGCGACACGAUACAUUCGCAAAAUCAACUGGACAAUAACGGCUUGCAUUGGCUUGAU